AUGGGCGACGAGGAGAAGGUCGACCAGCGCCAGUUCAAGGUCAUCCUCUUGGGGGACGGCGCCGUGGGCAAGACGUCCAUCGCGACGCGCUUUUCUUCCGACGAGUUCACGCAGUCCUACAAGCAGACCAUCGGCCUCGACUUCUUCAUCAAGCACCUCAUCCUCCCCGGCGACGUCCACGUCGCGAUGCAGAUGUGGGACAUCGGCGGCCAGUCCAUCUCGUCGAAGAUGCUCCACAACUACAUCUUCGGCGCCCACGCGAUCCUGCUCUGCUACGACAUCACCAACUACGAGUCCUUCGCGAACCUCGAGGACUGGCGCGCGGCCGCGCCCGGGACACGGCGGCGGCCGCGCGCGGCCGCGACCGACCGCGCGCGCGCGAACAAGUGCGACCUGAGCCACAUGCGCGCGGUCAAGUCCGAGGUCCACAACCGCUUCGCCGACGAGAACGUGCUCUACAGCUUCAUGAUGUCCGCCAAGUCCGGCGACCAGGUCAAGUCGUGCUUCCUCCGCGUCGCCGCCGUGCUCUCGAACACGAGCUUCUCGCGCCCGGAGAUCGAGGUCGAGUCGCAGACCGUCGUCAAGGCGACGAUCGUCGAGCACGCGCAGCACGACCCCAACGUCCACAGCGGCAGCGUGCCCGCCUACACGAAGAGCAAGAGCUCCUGCGCGGUCUCCUAG